GACGUGCGGCGACCUUUAACGCGAUACGGGCGCUGAUGGCGGCGGGGCUGGUGGAGGAUUGCACAGAGGAGGCGGGGAAGGCUCAAGCCACAGGGAGUGGGCCCUGGUGGUAGCCGACGGACCGAACAAGAACCAGAAGCCAAGACUGAGCAUGGACGGGUGGCGCGGUGGGAUUACCUCUCAGGCGCCAUCUUGUCUCCUCUAGCAGCAGCAGGAUCUCACCUGUUAGCUUGCUAGCGGAGGUGUCAAACUUAAUUUUGGCCUCUGUAGCAGGUUAAGAGGUCAGUUGUGUAAAAAUAUCAUCAUGUUCUACCUGGAGGCUGCUAGCAGUUAGCAGCUAAAAGCUAGCUUAGCACUGUGACAGUGGGGGCAGAAUUCUUGUGUCAAUCAAGUAACAUCAGAAAUGUAGCUAUACGGAUUAGCCUGCAUGUUCAGUGGCUAGCAGCUAGCGUGGGCGGGGCAGGGGUGCGAUGGAGUACCACUCUGGUGGCAGCCCGCCCCUGCUGGGGAGACCACGCUACUGCCCCGGCGCCAACGCUAAUGGAGGUUACCUGUGCGAGACGGGCCACUGCUGCGGCGAGACGGGCUGCUGCACGUACUACUAUCAACUGUGGUGUGAGUGGCCCCGCCCACAUUUGCACUCUUGCGCUGCUGUCAUAUGAUGGUUUAGGUCAUGUGACAUCCGCAGGGUUCUGGCUGCUGUGGACCGCCCUAAUUCUGUUCAGCUGCUGCUGUGCCUACCGCCAUCGUCGCGCCAAACUGCGGGCGCAGCAGCAGCGGCGCCAGCAAGAGAUCAGUCUACUGGCCUAUCGGGGUGCUGCCUCCUACCCCUCCUCCAUGCUGGACCUCAGUUUCCUGGCGUCUCUGAAGCUGCCGUCGUACGAGGAAGUGGCGGCUCAGCCCUCCACCCCUCCUCCCCCCUACAGCUCCGUCUUUAUGGCGCCGCGUUAUCCGCAGCCCCCCCGAACGGCCGACCCCCACCUGCUCAUGCAGCACGGACGGCCGCAGCACCGCCCCCUCAGUGACGGCCCUUCCUCGUUCAGCUCAGAUGACAGUUCCAGCUGUUCCUGUGACUCCUGCUGCCCCUCCUCUCCAUGUAGCUCCUCCCUCUCCGUCCCCGUGACCUAUGAGACAGACACCAGCCACGCGUCCACGCCCAGUGAGCGAGCAGCCCUCUCUCUCAAUAUCAUGGUGCAGGAAGCCAGUGCCUCCUCACAGGCUUCUCCCUCUCCUGGCUUAGAUGCCACAACUCCCAUGCUGCAACAGUCACUCCCCACCCCCAUUCUUGCCACCACUUCGCCACCACCCGAAUCUCCCCCAGCAACCGUCUGUGUAACUUUGGAGCUGGCUGACAUUCCCACAAGUAUGCAUCUCGAAGACCCGGACGCAAAAGACACAGCUUGCCCCACCCCUGCUGUCUUACCCCCCGACAUCACCAUCGAGCCUGUGGCGGCCACCUCUCCCUUCCGGCCCGACCCGCCCACACGCGCCUCCGCUUCCUGGUUGUUCCCACCCAAACAGACACUCUUCUCGCCAUGCGUGGACGUCUUUGAGGCUGAAGAGGAGGCGGAACCGGAGGACGAAGAUGAUGUGGACGCUGACGAGAGCCAGUAUCGGCAUCGCCGACUGACCGGUGACUCCGGGAUUGAAGUGUGCCGCUGCCAGGUGGAAGAUGACCAGGGCCGGGAGGAAGAUGCAAUGCCAGAGAAACAAUCUGACCUCCACGACAGUGCAGACUGCCCCGCCAGAGGCAUGGCCACACAUAGCGAUUCCCCCGAGGAAGUCGGCGAGGUGGUGGUUGUCAUGGAGACGGCAUGACGAGAUGAUUGACAGGUUCACUGAGAUCCCAAAUGCCUCCUUCUUAUGAGAUGUCCUCAAUGGCCACCAGUCCACAGAAAGCAUCACCGAGAGGGAAGCCUUGCCCCUCUAUCGUGCUCGAUGGCCCGCUGUUCUUAUUCUUUAGCUGGUUACUACAGUACUUUACUUUGUAGCCUAAAAUCUCGCAUUUUCAAAACUUUUUAUGACCCACCAAAACAUUUCCAUUUGUCAGAACUCAAAAAUAAAAAACUAACAUCAAGAUAACGCUAAUCCACCCGUAUGCUAGCCCACUGCUAGCUAACCCCAGCAUGAGGAAUGUUUCAGCUGGCCAUUUGAAGACAUCUUUUGUCCUGUGCUGUUAGUAACUGAUUAACCUUUUAAGUGAUUUUUUUGUUUGUUUGUUUUCUAUUGUUGGCUCUUUAGUCACAUGCCUUUGCGUGUUUGUGUUUGUUUAGCGCUUCAGUUUACAAAAGCUAAUAACCCUUUAUUGUGUCAUAAGAAGGCAGGGAAGACCUUACCAUGCUAAUUAUUGUUCUGAUGUCAGCCUGUUCUAAAAGUGAAGUUCUACUCAAUAAACUGAUCACACAAACAA